GUCGACAGUCGACACCGAUUGCUGCUUUGCAGUUUGCGAAAUAGAAUUACAUUUCAGUAUUGUUUUUGAAUAACAUCUGGGAAUGGACCGUAAGAAUAUUGGAGAAGGAAAGGUAGUAUGUGUAACAGGGGCAUCUGGUUUCAUAGCUUCAUGGCUGGUCAAGUUGUUGCUACAACGUGGAUACACUGUCAACGCCACUGUUCGCAAUCUCAAGGAUACAAGUAAAGUGGAUCACUUGCUAGGCCUUGAUGGAGCUAAUGAGAGGCUGCAUCUAUACGAAGCAGAGUUACUUAAAGAGCAAUCGUUUGAUCCUGCCGUUGAUGGUUGUGAAGGUGUCUUUCAUACAGCUUCACCUGUUUUUCUCACAGGGAAAUCUAAGGAGGAACUUGUGGAUCCUGCUGUGAAAGGAACGUUAAAUGUCCUUCGGUCAUGUGCCAAAUCACCAUCUGUCAGAAGAGUGGUGAUAACUUCUUCUACUGCUUCUGUUAUAUGCAAUAAAAAUAUGUCAACCCCUGGAGCUGUGGCUGAUGAAACUUGGUAUUCAGAUCAAGAAUUCUGCGAGGAAAGAAAGGAAUGGUAUCAACUCUCCAAAACCCUGGCUGAGCAGGCUGCUUGGAAAUUUGCAAAAGAGAAUGCGAUUGACUUGGUAACACUCCAUCCAGGUCUAGUCAUUGGUCCACUUCUGCAGCCUACACUCAAUUUCUCUUGCGAGGCUAUAGUGAACUUCAUACAAGAAGGAAAAGAGUCAUGGUCUGGUGGAAUAUAUAGAUAUGUUGAUGUUAGGGAUGUUGCUAAUGCACAUAUUCUAGCCUUUGAGGUUCCUUCAGCAAAUGGAAGAUAUUGUUUAGUUGGGGCAAACGGAUACUCUUCUUUGGUUUUGAAGAUUAUUCAAAAGCUUUACCCUUCCAUCACUCUCCCUGAGAAUUUCAAAGAUGGAUUGCCUCUUACCCCACACUUCCAAGUAUCGAGUGAAAAAGCAAAAAGUUUAGGAAUCAAAUUCACAUGUCUUGAGUUGAGCGUGAAGGAUACUGUUGAAAGCUUGAUGGAAAAGAACUUCCUCCACAUUUAAACAACAUUCAGUUGGUGGAAAUGGAAUACACUGGGCCUAAGCUACAGUCUGCCUGCGCGCCUACACCCUGCAUUUGUGGGUGAAAAAUACACUUAAUAAUUUAUACACAGAUAAUGUAAUCCUUUUUUCUAAAUAAGUAACAAACACUGAAUACAUAGAUAAUGUAAUUCAUUACAGGUUGGUUUUGUACUAGUAAAAGUUAACUAUUUUCAGGUCUUGAUUGACCCUUUAUUUUCCAGCUA